AUGAUCUUUGUUGAGAAAAGUUUUGACAAGCUUUACAGUAAAAGUCCGAGGACUGAAGCUCUGAAAGAUGAAGUGAGAGAUAUUUUGAAGAAUCUGUUUGAGGAGUAUAGCAGAGAACUAAACAAGAAUGGAAGUGGUGAAUCAGGUUCAAUGGCGCAGUCAAAUGAAGCAUCUACUAGUUCUGCUCAGUCUAGAGAAGAAGCUUCUCAGAAAACGGUUCUUGGAAAUGGUCUAGAGUAUGAAAGCAUGAAUGACAUCUACAAGGAGCUUCUUGAGGAUGGAGGUUUUCAAGAGAAGCUAAAUGAGUUGGAUUUGUACUUGAAAGAAAAGCUUGAGAAUCCAAUUUCUUUUGAUGGGACAGAUUACGAUGUCCUUUCUUGGUGGAAGGUGAACACUCCAAAGUUUCCGGUUCUCUCUGUGAUAGCUAGAGAUAUACUUGCAAUGCAAGUGUCUUCAGUUGCUUCAGAAUCAGCCUUUAGUACUUCAGGAAGAGUUUUAGAACCGAGUAGGAGCUGCUUGACUCAUUACACAAUUGAAGUUUUGAUGUGUCUUGAGCAAUGGAUGAAAUGUGAGUUUAGAAUGAAUGACAAAGUGGUCAAGAAGGAACAACUGUUAGCAGAGCUAGAGGUUCAAGAUAAUCUCAUGCGAGAGUUUGAACCAGCAUUCACCUUUAAAGCACCUUGA